AUGGCAAACGUAAACAAACUCAUCGAGCACAUAGGAGACUUUGGGCCUUUCCAGAAGAGGAUUGUUUUGCUUGGCUCUUUACCGUUGGUAGUCUUUGCUUUUGUUCUUGUUGGGGUUGUUUUCUUAGGGUACACUCCAGAUCACUGGUGUUGGAUUCCUGAAUCUGAGCGUCUCCAGGAGAAAUGUGGCUGGACAGACCUCGAGGUGCAGGAAAUGACUGUUCCCCGCUCUGAUCAGUCAGGAUCCUUCAGCAGGUGUGAGAGGUUUGGCGUGGACUGGACCGUGGACAAGAGUCAGAACAAAUGUAAUGAUGGGACCUGGCUGCUGCCUUCUAAUGAAACCCAGUUGCUGAGCUGUGACAGCGGAUGGGUGUUUGAUAAAAGCCACAGCACUAUCAUUUCUGAGUUCUCUUUGGUCUGUGAGAGAUCCUGGCUAGCUGAUUUAAAUCAAGUUUUCCUGGCACUGGGCUUUUUUGUUGGAGCUUUUGUCACUGGAUACCUGGCUGACAGAUUCGGCAGAAAGCCAUGUUUAAUUGCAUCGAUGCUCGGCCUUGGUAUCUCAGGUUUAGGCGUGAUGCUGUCCCCAUGGUACCCGCUACUGCUCACCUUUCGAUUUCUGCAAGGAUUUUUUGGAAAGGGAGCAUGGACAGCUACCUAUGUACUCGUCAUUGAGUUCUUUGGAUCACACAACAGGAAAUUUGUAUCCAUGGUGAGUCGGACUUUCUAUUCCAUCGGCAUGGUCAUCCUGCCCGGCUUGGCUUAUUUCCUGUCCUCCUGGAAGAUUCUGCAGCUGGUCAUGAGUCUGCCCUGCAUUCUGUUUAUCUCAUACCACUGGAUUGUGCCUGAAUCUCCACGAUGGCUGCUCUCACAAAAAAGAACUGCAGAGGCCAUGAAAGUUGUAUCAGAUAUUGCAAAACGCAAUGGGAGAUAUUUACCACCUAAUCUUCCAGAGAUAAUUCUUCUGGAGGAGAAGAAAACAGUAAAUCCUGUAUCAGUGACCGAUUUAUUUAGAACACCAAGUGUAAGAAAAAACACACUCAUUUUAAUUUACGCCUGGUUUACAAGUACUGUUGUGUUUCAAGGCCUAAUCCUGCGGCUGGGGAUCACAGGCGACAACCUUUACUUGGAUUUCUUUAUCUCUGCUGUGGUGGAGCUUCCCACCGGCCUCAUCUUCUACCUGCUGGUCGACAGAGUUGGUCGACGCUCCCUUAUGGCCAUCACCAACUUAACUGCUGGUGCUGCCUGUCUUGCUGUCCCCUUCAUCUCCAGGGAUUUUGACUUGUUGAAAAAAUGUAUUGCAACCAUUGGGAGGCUUGCUGUUGCCAUUGGAUUUGAGACACUGAACUUUGCAAACGCAGAGAUGUAUCCAACUCCUCUGAGAAAUUUGGGUGUGUCGGUGUGUUCAUCAGCGAGUGACUUCGGAGCCAUUGUAGCCCCAUUUCUGCUCUACAGACUGGCCAGUAUCUGGACGGAGCUUCCUCUUUUGCUUUACGGUGGGAUGUCGGUGCUGUACAGUGGAUUAGUGACUUUGUUACCUGAGAUGAAGGGACUGGCACUGCCAGAAACCAUCGAGGAGGUGGAGAAUCUAAGAGGGGGGAAGGAGAAGUUAAAGGUUGCAGAGACAAACGGCAUGGUUAUAUGA